UCAGAUCAGAUUCGUCAUUCAAAACAGGAAAUUGUGGCUUGUUCCGAACAGCCGUCGGAGAAGCGGAUGCCUCAGAACGGUUUUUCUCUGAUGCCGUUUAUAUAAAUGUGGCUUGUUAUUUGGUAACGAGAGUGACAAGAUCAUCUCGUAAAAAUGAGUGAGGUGAGCUUGUGCCAUGCACGAGCUACUGUCAUGCUGUAUGAUGAUGCUGGAAAGCGCUGGAUUCCUGCUGGCACUGGAGGUCAGUCUGUGAGCAGAGUGCACAUCUACCAAAACCCUGCUAACAAUGCCUACAGAGUGGUGGGCCGAAAACUGCAGGCUGACCAGCAGGUUGUCAUUAAUUGCCCACUUAUGAGAGGUAUAAAAUAUAAUCAGGCCACUCCAAAUUUCCACCAGUGGCGAGAUUCACGCCAGGUCUGGGGCCUAAAUUUCAGCGGGAAAGAUGAAGCUACUCUGUUUGCAAACACCAUGAUGCAGGCUCUAGAUGUGCUCAAUGGUGCAGCUCCACCCCGGCCUCCAUCAAAUGGACCGAGUGUUGAAGAACAGCAAAGACUUCAAGAGCAGCAGGAAAGAGAAAGACAGGAACAGGAACGGCUAGAGAGGCAGAGACAGGCUCCACCAGCUGCAGCUCCUGCCCCUCCUCCAGUUCCAGCUGCAGCUCCUCCCCCUGGAGUUCCGCCUCCUCCUGGCCCUCCACCACCUCCUGGGCCUCCUCCGGCUCCUCCACCACCACCGUCUGGUGGGGCUCCACCUGCACCACCACCACCACCUUCAGGGGGAGGAGGAGGUGGUGGAAUUGGUGGAGAUGGAGGAUUAGCAUCAGCCCUCGCUGCGGCCAAACUCAGAAAAGUGUCCAAGGAUGAGAGUGGAUCUGCUGCUCCAGCACCGAAAGAGAGCAGCCAGAGCUCUGGCGGAGGAGGAGGAGGUGGUGGUGGAGGUGGAGGAGGAGGGUUAAUGGGUGAGAUGAGUAAACUUCUCGCAAAAAGGCGCAAGGCUACAGAUAGCCCAGUGGUGAAAAAAGAAGAUAAUGACAAUUCAGCUUCCUCAGACACCAAGUCAGAAGUUUGCAAGCCUUGGGAGAAGUCUAGUACUCUUCCGCGAAGUAAUUCUGGCCCUAAGGGUCUUGAUAAAAGCCCUGCUCCAGCAUCAGCUACAUUAAACAGGCAAAGGCCAGGAAGUAAUGUGAGUGACACAUCUGUCAAAGAGAGCAUGGAUAUGGAGAAAUUAAAGCAGGAAAUCCUGGAGGAGGUGCGCAAGGAACUGCAGAAAGUGAAGGAUGAAAUUAUUGGAGCAUUUAUAGAAGAGUUGCAGAAGAGAGGCGCCCCCUAGCGUUUCAGAGAUUACACAGCGUCUGCUUUGCAAUGCAAUAAAAAGUCUAAAAAGUGUUGCACACACAUUUAUUUAUGCAAAUUCUUACAAAAAGGUUUUUCUUUUCUUUUUUGCCACCUAGACCUCACCAUGCUGAUGCCUCAUAUUUACAUAUGGAUGAUAAAUGAAAGAAAAAACAUCCUCUUGUGUCUCAAUAAGAUGUUGAGUGACCAUAAACUGCCAUAAUAGUUUUGGUGCACCACAGCACAGAUCAGUUCUCUGGAAAUGCACCGAAGGAUAAACGAAAUUCUUUAAGUGGACUUAAUCUGUUUCUUAAACAAUAACAGAGAUUGUUUCUAUCUUUAAUUUGUCACCUUUCUACAAAUUUCUCUUAUUAUUCUAUAUGACCUUUUCCUAUUUUUACAACUGUCUCUUUUUCUGAGGUUUUCAUAUACAUCUCUAUACAUGAUUAUCAUCAACGAGGUAAAUUAUUCCUGUAAUACAUCAUAAAUCCAGUGGAUCCAUCGUAGCUUUUCAGUGAAGUGUUAAUAAGCAACAUAACUGAAAUGACAAGCAAAAGGUUACUCAGCAUUCUUGAUUAUUACAUUACGUUAUUGUGUUAUUUUCUUCAGUUGUUAUGUUAACUAAAAAUAAUAAUGAAGGUCAUUGUAAUGCAAAAUUUACAGUAAACUUUUAUCCAAUUAGUGUUAUACACAAUAUGUGUAAUGAAGUACUUUUGCUAUUUUAAUGGUGGGUGAAUGUCAUCUUGCUGAUUUUUUUUUUUUUGCCUCAGGGAUUGGAAGAUUCUAUUAUAUAUGUGUAUAUUUACACAUUUUAUUUUCAUUUAGAAAUUUAUUUGUUGCUCAUGCUACUGCUGUUUGCAUUUUGUGGUUUUAUAUGCCUUAGUGUUUUUAAGUUUUCCCUUGUACUGUGAUUAGUGUUUCAAAAGUGGCUUGAAUUCAAACUUUAGUAAUAUUAUUGUUCAGUGGUACUGUUCACCAACUUAUUAUUUCAGGGGUUUUUAAAUACAAUUUAUACUAUUUUGGGUUUCUUUUUUCCUCUGUAUUUUUACCCAUUUCAGUUAGCUUUUUUAUUAUGCAUUAGAUUAACCUACAAUUUAGGUGCACUAUACACAAUACAGGUGCAAUAUUCUCUAGUUCAUCUUUCUUUAGGCACAUUAGGUUAAGAUACAAAUUAUGCAUUUCUGUCUGCCAUGUAUUCAGUAUUAGCACUUAUUUUGUUUAGAUGUUAGAGUUUUUUGGCACUAUUCUGAUUGAAAAGGGACUAGUAGGAAAUUUAUCUCAAGAUCAACAGACUUGAGUUUUUGUAUGCGCAAUUCACUCUUGCCUUAUCCUAAUAAACAGUGUGUUUUAUCAUUA